AUGGCGGGACAGAGUACGCCGUACUACACCCCUACCUCCAAACCCACCGCCACCUCCGCCCAUCUCCUAAAAAAAAACGUCUUUUUGGUUGGUCUUGUCUUAUUCCUCUGUUCUUUCUUCUACUUAUUUGGUUCAUGGCAACCCCGCAUCGCCACCACUUCCACCGUCACAUCCCUCCGCACCACCACCGUCAACUGCGCAACCACCUCCACUUCCACCCCUUUCAACUCAACCGUCGGCGACACCACAACCGACUCACCUAAAGACCUAGACUUCACCACCCACCACUCCGCCGCCAUAGACGACGGCUUCACCCUCAAAAACUACCCACCGUGUUCCGUCAAGUACUCCGAGUACACACCAUGCCAGGACCAAAAAAGAUCCUUAAAGUUCCCGAGAGACCGGCUCAUAUACCGUGAAAGACAUUGCCCAGAGAAAGACGAGCUCCUUAAAUGCCGUGUGCCGGCGCCGUUCGGUUACAAGAACCCAUUUAAAUGGCCGACGAGCAGAGAUCUAGCAUGGUACGCCAAUGUACCACACAAAGAUCUGACCGUCGAGAAAGCGGUCCAGAAUUGGAUCAGGUUCGAGGGUGAUCGGUUUAGAUUCCCCGGCGGCGGGACCAUGUUUCCGAACGGUGCUGAUGCUUAUAUCGACGAUAUUGGAAAGCUCAUCAAUCUUAAGGACGGGUCGAUCCGAACGGCCAUUGAUACGGGUUGUGGGGUGGCAAGUUGGGGAGCUUAUCUGCUUUCGAGAAACAUUAUAGCGAUGUCCUUUGCUCCAAAAGAUACGCAUGAAGCUCAAGUACAAUUUGCUUUAGAGCGUGGUGUUCCCGCUUUGAUCGGAGUCAUCGCUUCCAAGAGGCUUCCAUACCCUUCUAGAGCUUUUGAUAUGGCUCAUUGUUCUCGUUGUCUCAUCCCUUGGGGUCAAUAUGAUGGAGUAUACUUGAUUGAAGUGGAUCGGGUUCUUCGACCCGGUGGAUACUGGAUCCUUUCUGGCCCGCCCAUCAAUUGGAGGAACCAUUGGAAAGGAUGGGAAAGAACAGAAGACGAUUUAAAUGAAGAACAAACGCAAAUCGAAAGAGUUGCCAAGAGUCUUUGCUGGAAAAAAGUGGUUGAAAAGGGUGAUCUUUCCAUUUGGCAAAAACCCAUCAACCAUUUGAAUUGUAAAACAAAUCGCAAAAUUACCCAAAACCCACCUCUUUGCCCCGUUCAAAAUCCUGAUUCCGCAUGGUACACGGAUAUAGAAACAUGUUUGACUCGAUUGCCAGAAGUCUCGAGUAGCGAAGAAGUUGCCGGUGGGGCCAUAGCGAAUUGGCCAAAGCGAUUAGACAUGGUUCCUCCUAGAAUCAUUAGUCAAAGCAUCGAAGGCGUGACACCAGAGACUUUCCAAGAAGACGUCUUGUUAUGGAAGAAGAGAAUUUCCUACUAUAAAACCGUAAACAAUCAAUUGGGACAACCCGGGAGAUACCGUAACGUUCUUGACAUGAACGCAUUUUUAGGCGGUUUUGCAGCUUCACUCGUUAAAGAUCCUCUAUGGGUCAUGAACAUAGUCCCCGUUGAAGCCAAAGUCGAUACACUUGGUGCAAUUUACGAACGUGGACUUAUUGGAACAUAUCAAAGCUGGUGUGAGGCCAUGUCUACUUAUCCUAGGACAUACGAUCUAAUUCAUGCCGAUUCGGUUUUUACUUUGUACAAAGACAGAUGUGAGAUGGAAGAUAUAAUGCUGGAAAUGGACAGAGUACUGAGGCCCGAAGGGAGUUUGAUAGUAAGAGCUGACGUGGAUUUGUUGGUGAAAGUGAAGAGGAUAGCAGAUGGCUUAAAUUGGGAAAGUCAAAUAGUUGACCAUGAAGAUGGACCGUUGGAAAGAGAGAAGCUUCUAUUUGCCGUUAAAUUGUAUUGGACUGCUCCUGCGGAUUCUGACUAAUUCCAUUCCUUAGAUGUUUUCUUUUUUUAUUUUUUAUUUUGAAUUAUUU